CCGCGCCUGGCGAAUUUGCCUCUGUCAACAGACCAAAAGCCGGAUGCGGUUUCAAGCCUUGACUGCCGCAAAUCUCGUCCCCUACUAUUUGUCAAACCAAAAGACCCCGUGUUCACAUAAAGACUGCUGUGAAAUAUGGCGACCAACGAAGAGUUUGAUGAAGAUGCUGUCAACAGCGACGAUGGCGGAAUGACCGGUCCUGGCGCGCCAACUCCGCUCUCAGCCCUCGAGGGAGUCUCUGGCCUCACGAAGCGCGACAUCCAAUUGGUUGUCGAUGGCGGGUACAACACUGUCGAAUCUGUGGCCUACACGCCGCGGAGGAUGCUAGAGCAGAUCAAGGGCAUUUCGGAGCAGAAGGCCGGCAAGAUCCUCGCUGAAGCGUCAAAACUCGUCCCCAUGGGCUUCACCACAGCCACAGAGAUGCACCAGCGCCGCAGCGAGCUGAUAUCCAUCACCACUGGGUCCAAGAACCUCGACACACUCCUGGCCGGAGGCGUCGAGACGGGCAGCGUGACCGAGAUAUUUGGCGAGUUCCGAACGGGAAAGUCGCAAAUCUGCCACACGCUGGCCGUGACGUUUCUGUAUAUCGACACCGAGGGGACAUUUCGUCCGGUCCGACUCUUGGCGGUGGCCAACCGGUACGGCCUGUCCGGGGAGGAGGUUCUCGACAAUGUGGCCUAUGCGCGCGCGUACAACUCGGACCAUCAACUGCAGCUUCUGAAUCAAGCGGCGGCAAUGAUGUGCGAGACCCGGUUCAGUCUCCUUAUUGUAGACUCGGCCACCUCUCUGUACCGGACGGAUUUCGUGGGCCGAGGCGAGCUGAGCUCGCGGCAGACCCAUCUCGCCAAGUUCAUGCGCACACUCCAGCGCCUUGCCGACGAGUUCGGCAUUGCUGUUGUGAUCAGCAACCAAGUGGUGGCGCAAGUCGACGGUGGCCCGUCUGCCAUGUUUAACCCAGAUCCCAAGAAACCGAUUGGCGGCAACAUCAUUGCCCACGCAAGUACGACGCGCAUUAGUCUCAAGAAGGGUCGCGGCGAAACAAGAAUAGCAAAGAUUUACGACAGCCCGUGUCUACCGGAAAGCGAUUGCUUGUUUGCGAUUAACGAAGACGGCAUUGGCGACCCGGCUCCCAAGGACCUUGAGAAAGAGUGAGGAGGAUUCUGAGGCGAUCUUUUGAAGGGACUUACGGAGCCUUGUUGUGAGGUGUGAGGAGACAUGGAAUGAUUCGAUGCAUGGCACAUGGGAUAAUGAGAGAGAUUCUGCGGGCUGACUUUGGAGCUUUCUGUUUUUGCAUGGCAUGGUGUGCUGGCUUCAGGUGUUGGCAUUUUUAUGACGGAAUGGGACUUUGCUCAGGAUCUUGGUGCAUUUAAGUGUAUAAUAAGCAUUAUUCUAGAGUCGCAACUGAGAUUUACGCAUCGGGGGUUGAUACCACAUAUCAACGAAAUUUUAGCCACUUUCAUCUCCCCGGCGACUAGUAUUGAUUUGUUAGCC